UGUUCCAUUUCCAAUUAAGACUAGCUUCAAUCUUUUGUUUCUUGGUAGCAACCGACACCUGAGCUGAGAAAAUCAACUGAAAGGUUGAUGAAGAUGAAGCAAAUGGAGCAGGAAAGUGCAAAGUGCUGCGUCAAGAGAAAACAGAUGAGUUCAUCACCAUCACCGCCGCCUCCGCCACCACCAUUCGCAAGAUUCUUGGCUAAGAAGAGUGUUGUUGAGAGUGUGACAAAGCGAGAAAUCGCCAGGUUUUGGAGGCAGAAGCGCAUUAAUGAGGAGGAGCACCUCCUUGCAGCGAUCAAGGCUGCAGCACGCAUUAGAGCUCGCAAACUCUCGGAGGAAGACUACAGAUCUUUUGAGGAGUCCUUGAAUGAUGAUGACAAUGAUGGCAAGGAUAGUGACGCCGCAUUCAAAGAGAAUGAGAACAAUGCUGAAAUCCGUGUUGGAGUAAAGGACUGGUGGACAAAAAGCAAGUAUGCAUACUUAAACCAGCCAGAUAUGGAUUCCAAGGAGCCUCCGAAAAGGCGUAGCUCCACAUUUGUUCCUAAUUGUUUCUCCUAUAAGCCAACUCCUCUGUACCCAACAUCUCUUGGUGUCUUUUAAACCACCUGAGCUGCUUCAUUUGAUUCAAUCAUAUGUCUGCUAAGAGAUGCAAGUUUGUAUGUAUAAUAUAUAUUUGAAAUAAGUAAAAGGUUGCAACCUUUGAUGGAGCUAGGUUUCUGUGUACAGUCAUAGACACUACGAUUUAUUUGAUUUGAAUUGAAUGGGAUCUAGUGUAGCAGACCCUUAGGGGCACAAUUUUUUAUGUGCUUCAUCUGGUAAUGAAGAAUGGAUUGUGCUUC